ACGGCCGCCUUCCGCUCGGAGCCGGGCGUGAAAACGCAAUUCAUAGAACCAAUUCGUACGACUCAUCACAACCAACUAACAAUCGAACCAAAGUCUUGUUCUUCCACGGAGAGAGAGAGAGAGAGAGAGAGAGAGGAACCUCCGAAGCCAAAAAAACCCUAGAUUCGUCUUCUCUCUCUUCUCACAUUCUUCACAGAUUUUUUAAAUGUGCGCCUUGCAUCCAAAAGGCUCGCGCCUACGCUCCAUGCCCUCUUGUGCCUCUGCCUCAGUGCACCUUGAGCCUUUGGCAAGGGCCCUUUAAUUUUCUCAACGGGGAUUAAUGAGCGGCUAGUUGAAAUACAGUUCUUGCUCACCCGUUAGCAAUUUUGGCAUGAGGCAAUCUGAUACAUUAAUAACCUGAUCCCAUCAUUAUUAAGGACAGCAGUGUAAUUUUGAUACCAUUUGAUGACUAAUCCGACCAAGGGUAUAAAGGUCAUAUGAAAUGGAGGUUGGAGGCUUUAAAAGGUCUUCUCCAAGCCCUAGAAGCAUCGACUCAAUUGAGUUUAUGGCUGCUUCUCCGCAUGAUCUAUGCUUUCCAGUAUGGGUUCUUCUCUGAAAAUCCGCCGACUCAAUUGAGUUUAUGGCUGCUCUUCGACAUGAUAGGUUCAUAUAGUAUGGCUUCAGUAACCCGUCGUUUUUGCUGAACAUCCUUCCAACUCAUUAAUGAAAAUUCAUCUUUUUUUGUUGAAGCACCAGAUAAGUUUCUGGUGUUCGAAGUCCAUCUGCAAAGCACCCCCAAGAGAUCUGGACAUUCAGACGAUUCUUCAAGAACUCCAGAACUUCUGCAAGAGUAUCUGAAAUCAGGAUAGAUUUCUUAAGUUGCCUUGACAAGUAAGAAGACAUUGAAGAAAUACACAGCAUCAUCUAAAUGCAAAAUGUCUGAACAACCUCCAAAGACAAGCAAGAAGACAUUGAAGAAUCAGGAGCUGAGAAAAAUGUCUUCAAGUGCUAAGGAUCAGCCUUCUUCACGGAAACAUCAGAGGAAAGGUCAAAACCCUGUUCGGAUUCCACCUGCUACAGGGUGUCAGGAUUUUGGUUGUUCAAAUUCAUGGAUCUGUAAAAAUUCUGCAUGUAGAGCUGUCCUGUCAAUCGAUGACACAUUCUGCAAGAGGUGCUCUUGUUGCAUCUGUCACUUAUUUGAUGACAACAAGGAUCCUAGUCUUUGGUUGGUGUGCACAUCUGAAUCUGGCAACAAAGACUCCUGUGGUUUAUCUUGUCACAUUGAGUGUGCACUCCAACAUCAAAAGGUGGGAGUUGUUGAUCUUGGCCAGUUGAUGCAGCUAGAUGGGAGUUAUUGCUGUGCAUCAUGUGGUAAAGUUUCAGGAAUACUUGGAUGUUGGAAGAAGCAACUUAAUUUAGCAAAGGAUGCUCGCCGAGUUGAUGUCCUUUGUUAUAGGAUAUUCUUGAGUUACAGGCUCCUGGAUGGGACUUCCAAGUUUAAAGAACUGCAUGAAAUUGUGAGUGAUGUGAAGGCCAAGCUAGAAACGGAGGUGGGUCCAGUGAAUGGAUUGUCAGUCAAGAUGGCACGGGGUAUUGUCAGUAGACUCUCUAUUGCAGGAGAAGUUCAAAGACUCUGCACUCUUGCAAUUGACAAAGCAGAUGAAUGGCUGGGUGCUGUUUCUGACACAAACAAUUAUAGAGAGGGAUCACUUCCUGCAGCUUGUAGAUUUCACUUUGAAGAAGUGACAGCUUCUUCAGUUGUGCUUGUUUUGAUAGAAUUAUCCGCCACAUCAGUUAAUGAUAUCGAGGGAUACAAGUUGUGGUAUUGCAAGAGCAGAAAUGAGACACACCCAAAAGAGCCUAUUUGUGUUUUCCCCAGGACAGAGAGAAAGAUUUUGAUAUCCAACCUGCAACCAUGCACAGAGUACUCCUUUAGGAUAAUUUCGUACACAGAAGCUGGUGACUUGGGACAUUCUGAGGCAAAAUGUUUUACCAAGAGCAUUGAGAUAAUUCAAAAGAAUCCCAGUUCGCAUGCCCCGAAAUCUGAAAAUGGAGGAAGUUCUGAAGUCAGGGUGGAGCCUAACACUGCAGCAGCCAUUGAAUGUUCUUCCAGCUUCAAGGUCCGAGACCUUGGGAAGAUCCUGCACCUGGUUCAAGCUCAAGAACAGGGCUGCCUUGAGGGCAUUUCUGGGAUAGACAUAGAUGAAUGUUGUCAAGUUAAUGAUAUGAUUAAGCCUCUGGAAAUUUCCAAGGAUCAGCUGCCAGCUGUUCCAGACUUGAAUGUCGCUUCAGUGCCUGAUCUCAAUGAGGAGCUCACCCCUCCUUCAUCCUCUAGGGAUGACGAGGACAACACUUUAGUUCAGGAUGAUGCUCUCUCUCAUGGCACUGGGAAGAAUGGUAUAGCAAGAUCACAUGGUAGUGGUGACUCUCAGAACUGGGCACAUGGUGCAUCUGCAGAAGUGCUAGCAAGGUCACUAGCCACAAACGAAGAUACACAUGACUGCAAUAGCAUUCUAACAAAUGGGUCACCAUUGUGUGUCACCGAAGGAACAGGGUGCUUGGAUGAGAAUUUUGAAUACUGUGUGAAGAUCAUUCGGUGGUUGGAAUGUGAAGGUCACAUUAAACAGGAUUUCAGGCUGAAAUUUUUAACAUGGUUUAGCUUGAGAGCAACUGAGCAGGAACGAAGGGUGGUCAACACCUUUGUUCAAACCCUGAUUGAUGAUCCAAGUGGCUUAGCUGCUCAACUGGUUGACUCCUUUUCAGAUAUCGUAUCCAGCAAGAGGCAGCGCAAUGGUUUUUGUAGCAAACUGUGGCACUGACAACUCAAAGGCGUUAUUCAGGACAGGAUUACUCUUUUCAAUUGAUGCUCAUCUUAAACUCUGGUAACUUAACUGCGGAUUGCUUCACCGGUCAUCUGUACAUGCAUUUCUUAAUCACCAUUGGAAGCAAUUCAUUUAUAUUAUGGACAGCAUUAGAGGGUUUUCAGUAGCUGUUUGCAGGGAUAGUUCCUGAUUUUCUCAGCAGGCAGAUUUGGUCAUUCAAUCAAUUAGUUCUGAAACAGUGAGGUUGACAUGGCAAUGGAGAAUUAGGCAUGAAGAUCAAGUAGCUCUUUUUAUUUAUUGUCUUUCAAUAUGAUUUGUAGAAUGUUGAUGAAUGUUUUGCACCGUUGCAUUUCUGGUUUGUUUUGAUGAAAAUUUGGAUGAUUUAUCUUUA